GAGACAGACAGCAUCCUCAGACAGCAUCCCUGUCCGCGUGCACCGAUCCUGGUGUCAGCUGGAGAGAGACAGACAGGCGGAGAGCGAGAGACAGGCAGACAGAGAGACAGACAGAGCCACAGACAGGCAGAUAGACCGACAGACAGGCGGGCGGCAGCGGGCUGUGCAGCAGCAGCAGGCCGGCUGUGGACACUCCGUGGCCGGCCUGCUCCAUGGGGGAGACCCGGAUCAUCUACCACCUGGAGGACCAGGAGACCCCUUACCUGGUCCGGCUCAGCGUGCCCGCGCACCGCGUCACCCUGGCCGACUUCAAACACGUCCUCAACAAGCCCAACGUCAAAUUCUUCUUCAAGUCCAUGGACGAUGACUUCGGGGUGGUCAAAGAAGAAAUCUCUGACGACAACGCCAGGCUGCCAUGUUUCAACGGGAGAGUCGUCUGCUGGCUGGUGUCAGCAGAGGGCUGUCAGUCAGAUGGUGGGGGGCUGGACAACCAGGCAGAAGCCACACCCACAAGCCAACUCCCACCUCUAGCCCCGCCCCCUCUGGAGAGGACUGGAGGGAUUGGAGACUCCAGACCUCCAUCAUUCCAUGCCCACACUGUCAGCAGUCAGGACGACCUGGACGAGUCGGAGGGCGAGUUGGUCGUUUCCCAAAGAAGAGAGAGAGAGAGAGACAGGCAGAGGAGAGAUGUGAGUGACCAAGGGAGCCGUCUGAACGGACACGCCCCUAGACCGGCGGAGCAGAAGGGGGCGGGGCCAGCGGGUGGCGACAACUCAUCGACGCUGCAGAGCAGCGAAUUAGAAACAACCAGCUUCUGUUCAUCUGAGGAAGACUCAGGAGGAAGGUUCAGCCAAUCAACAGAGCAGAGCAGCUCGUCACACCUCGUCAGACGACAGCGCCGUCGCCACCGGAAACCGAAAGCCCCACGCAUGGAGAGGUCUCUGUCUUUCAGCAGUGUAACUGACUCCACCAUGUCGCUCAACAUCAUCACUGUCACUCUAAACAUGGAGAGGUAUAACUUCCUGGGUAUCAGUAUUGUGGGUCAGAGUAAUGACAGAGGAGACGGAGGGAUUUACAUCGGCUCUAUCAUGAAGGGAGGAGCGGUGGCAGCAGAUGGACGAAUAGAGCCGGGAGACAUGUUACUGCAGGUGAACGACAUCAACUUUGAAAACAUGAGUAAUGACGACGCCGUGCGAGUACUGAGAGAGAUCGUCCACAAGCCAGGCUCCGUCACAUUGACGGUGGCAAAGUGUUGGGAUCCAAACCCACGAGGCUGCUUCACCCUGCCAAGGAGUGAGCCGGUCCGUCCCAUCGACCCUGCUGCCUGGGUGUCCCACACAGCAGCCAUGACGGGGGGGCUGCUCCCCCACUACGGCUUGCAGGAAGACCAUCACCUCACCAUCCACAGUGACAUGGCAGCUGUUGCCAAGGCGAUGGCCAAUCCUGAGUCAGGGCUGGAGGUCCGGGACAGGAUGUGGCUGAAGAUCACCAUCCCCAACGCCUUCAUAGGUUCAGACGUGGUUGACUGGCUCUAUCAUCAUGUCGAGGGCUUCACUGACCGCCGUGAAGCUCGGAAAUACAGUAGCAACCUGCUGAAGGCCGGAUACAUCCGCCACACCGUCAACAAGAUCACCUUCUCCGAGCAGUGCUACUACGUGUUUGGAGACCUCUGUGGAAACAUGGCCAUCCUGUCGCUGCUGGAUCAUGAAGUAGGAGGAGGAGGAGGAGGAGGAGGAGGAGGAGGAGGAGGAGGCGGCUCAGACCAGGACUCGCUGGCUGCUCUGUCCCAUCCUGCAGCCUCGGGCCCCCAGUGGCCCCCAGCCUUCCCCUACCAGUACCCCAUCCCCCACCCAUACAGCUCCCCCCAUGUCCUCCACCAGCUCCCCGGCUGGGGAGGAGCAGGAGGAGGAGGAGGAGGAGGAGGAAGCCAGCACAGUGACGGAAGUCACAGCAGUGGAUCAAACCAGAGCGGCGGUCAGAAGGAGGUGGGAGGAGCCGGAGGAGGAGCCGGAGGAGGAGCAGGAGGCGAAUCCAAGUCAGCAGGAGGCGAAUCAGAGUCCACUAAACAGGAAGUGAAUGUGACGAGCAGCGAACAAGCGGAGGCCGCGGAGCUUCCGGGUGACGACAGCGCUCAGUGCCCCUCCUCUGGUCUCCAUGGUAACAGUGACUCCGCCCCGCUGCCAGCCUCCCCGCCCGAAGGUCGCGACCUUUCCUCUGUCCCGCCCGAAAUCACCGCCUCCCGCCAGUCUUUCCGCCUGGCCAUGGGAAACCCCAGCGAGUUCUUUGUGGAUGUCAUGUGACCCUGUGGCGAUGAUGUCACUGCAGGUCAGGUGAUGGUGGGAGUAACAAACAACAACAACAACAACAACAACAACAACAACAACAACAACUAACGGUCCAGGUUUCCAAAAGGACUGCUUUGUACAGUUUUCUGCUAAAAGGAUAAAAGAUUCAUACCGAAUUAUUUCUUAGUAAGUUUAAUAUAUCAAGCUUGUCAUGCCAAAAGUGUGUAAGACGUCACUGUGUGUGUGAGAGAGAGAGAGAGAGAGAGAGAGAGAGAGAGAGAGAGAAAGAAGGUGGGGGUGGGUUGGCUAAAAUACAUGUGAACUUGUUUCCAGCUGCUUGAACUGGUAUAUUUUAUAUUUCCAACAGUUUCAGGCUUCAGAGGUCAGAGGUCUUGUUGUUAGCCUAGCCCCGCUAACACCCUGCUAGUGAAAACUGAAAAAUGUCUUUGAUCAGAUCCUCCCUGGGUUAGGGUUAGGGUUAGGAUUAAUGGGAUUAGGAUUAGGGUUAGUGUUUAGAAAAGUCUUCCCUGAGUCCCAAGCAGACUUUAGUCUUUACUGUCUGUGAUGUCACGUCGCCCGGGGCAGGGCGUUAGCGGGGCGAGGCUAACAGCAGGCAGCUACAUGAGCUAGCACCCUGGAUCAGAGCUGUGUUGACUAUCUCUGUCCACAUCUGGGAUUAUGGAUCCAGCAGAUUUCAUCUGCGGGGAAAAUCCCUGUUGUUCCCACAUGGUCAUCCUGUCAGUGUGUGAUUGAAAGCUGGUGUUUAAAACUUGGAUGUUUUUGUCAG